AGACGCCGCAUUCGACUUGAAACAUUCAAACAACGUAGAUCGUCUGCGAGAUCGUCGCGAGUUUUCCGUUUCUUCUCUUUUUCGUUCGCGUUUUCGUAGUUAAGUUACAUGUUUACCGUUUGUGCAGUGUAGAACUGUUUAAGCUUCUUGUUGGGUGACAGUGAAUGUGACAACAACAGCCCCCGCCUGACAUACUCCCCUGCCCUCAUGUACGCGAGUGUUUGGUGACCAAAGCUAAUCAAAUGACACGUGCUUGAAAUAUAAUAUUUACUAUCUAUCCCGCAUACGGACGGCAACAACGAGGAGCAGCAUUAAACGGGGAUUACCUCGGCACUGUUUAUCGAAUAUUAAAAUAACAAGAAAACGGCAUGUCCUUCCAGCGGAGCUACAGCAAGGUUUGGUGGGGAUCCGACAGCCAGGAGCACUCGUCGCUGCCGUCGCUCUCGUCCCUAACCAGCGGCGGCUUCUAUUCGCAGUACAGCAACAAUAACCACAGACAGCCCACAUCGCUUCUGGGCAACCUGUCCUGCAUUCAGGAGGUGGACGAUGAGCAGAACAUCUCCAAGAUAUCGUCGUGGCACAAGCAGGACAGCCCCGGCAGUCUACGCAGUCAGGAUUCGGGAUUCUCGGACAAUGAGGAAUCCCACCAGCUGGUGCUGCAACAGCAACUGCAAAAGGCGCCGCCAGAUGAACAACAAACGCCCACGGCCUCGCCUGGAUCCGUCCAUUCCGUGGCCACGCCGCCCACUGUGGUGCGGAGGGUGGGAAAUUCCUCCUUCUACUCGCCGUUGGUCAGCGUUACGCGCCGCAUUUCGUUCACCAGUGGACAGAGGACGCCCAAGGCUGCCGCAGGAGAGGAGGACGACGUGGAUGGGGAGCUGGAGGCCAGCCGCAGUCGCCUGUUUAAUCAAUUGGACAGCCUGAAGCUGGACGACGAUGCAGAGGAGAAAAAAGAGGCUGCCAUCGAGUCGGCCACACCGCCACGUCCGGCCAUUCGACGCCGCAGGCGCCUGGCUCGCAAGCCCAAGCCCGAGCCGGAAGAGCUCUCGGCCAGCGAGGAAGAUGAUGUGAAGGAGCCACUGCCGCCGCCGUACAACAAUGAAACCGUGUAUCUGGGCGAGGCCCCGCCGCCAUACAACAAUGAGACAGUGACCUUUGGGGCAGCGGACCCGGAGGAGACACUGCUCCCUGGCCUGCUCUCCCCGCUGCGCGUGCCCGCCGCUGUGCGCUUCACCGCCAGCACGAGCACGCCCAAGACCAGAGGCAAGCCCGCAAAGAAGGCGCACAGGGCCCAGCCCGCGCCAGUGGAGAGCUGGAUGGAGGAGCAGCGCUGGAACGUGGACCAGGAGGUGAUGUGCACGCUCCAGCACAAGUCCAUUGCCCAGGAGGCAUACAAGAACUUCACCAUCACCACCAGCGCCGUCUCCAAGCUGGUCCGCCAGCUGCAGCAGCAGUCGCUGGCCCUGCAGGCGCACUUCGAGCGCAGCGAGCGAGUGCUCAGUGGCAUGCAGGCCACCACUCUGCCCGAGGCCCUGACCGGAGCUGGACAGCUGCUGGGCCACCUCGACGACUUCGUUGGCACCUUGGAGCGGCGGGCCAUCUUCUUCAACGAGGCGCGGGUGGAGCGACGGCGCUACGAGCAGCAUCUCGAGCAGAUCCGCACGGUGAGCCGCGACACGCGGUACUCGCUGGAGCGCCAGCACUACAUCAGUCUGGAGUCGCUGCUCGAGGAUGUGCAGCUGCUGAAGCGGCACACCCUGAUCACCCUGCGCCUGAUCUUCGAGCGCCUGGUGCGCGUCCUCGUGCUGAGCAUCGAGCAGAGUCGCUGCGACCUGCUGCUACGCGCCAACAUCAACAUGGUGGCCACUCUGAUGGGCAUCGACUACGAGGGCUUCGCCUCGCUCUCGGACGCCUUUGUCCAGAACGAGGCCGUGCGCACACUGCUCGUCAUCGUGCUGGACCACAAGCAGAGCUCUGUGCGCGCCCUCGCCCUGCGUGCCUUGGCCACGCUCUGCUGCGUCCCGCAGGCCAUCAACCAGCUGGGCGGCUGUGGCGGCAUCGAGAUCCUGCGAGACAUUCUGCAGGUGGAGGCCGCUGGGGAGCGGGGCGCCAUUGAGCGUCGCGAGGCAGUCUCUCUGCUGGCCCAGAUCACGGCCGCCUGGCACGGACCCGAGCACCGGGUGCCCGGCCUGAGGGACUGCGCCGAGACCCUAGUCGCCGGCCUGGCCGACCUGCUCCAGCCCGACUGCUGUGCCCAGACCCUGCUGCUGUGCGCUGCGGCCUUGAACAACCUGAGCCGCAUGGAGGUCACCUCCCACUACUCCAUCAUGUCCAACGAGGCCAUCUUCCGGCUGAUAGCCACACUCGAGCACCAGAGCUGCGGCACCAGUGUGUUCCUCUAUGAGCAAAUCGUUGGGAUGCUGCACAACAUGUCGCUGAACAAGAAGUGCCACAGCCACUUGGCCAACGGCACCAUCAUAAAUUUCAUCACGUCCGUUUACCAAACGGAAUUCUACAAGACCUACGGAUCACGUGCCGAAUGCGAUGCCCAGCGCCGCAGCAUCAAGACCAUUCUGCACACCCUGACGCGUCUGGCCCACGACUCGCCCACCCUUGGCGCCGAGCUGCUGGAGCAGUGGCAUCUACCCGAUUUGCUGCGUCAAUCUCUGGCUCUGCCAAAGUCCUCCGCCUCUGGCUGCGGCUCCGGCACCCCUGCCGUCACUUCUGCUGGUCAGUUGGAUGGCAGCUAUGCGGGCGAUAUCUCGCAAUUGGCGCGACAUUUGCUCAAGGCACAUCAGCAGGAGCAGAUGCUGUUGGUCAGCGAGGCGACAGUUUCAGCCACGGCCACAGGAACCUUCAGGAGUGGGAAUCAGACGCCCGAGGCACAGACCAGCGCCAGCACCAGCUCCAGCUCGAACUGCAGCUCGAACUCCAAUUCUGUUUCGAGUGUCAGAACGAAGGGGUCGUCGUCGCUGCUCAAAUUCAAUUUAACACGUCAGGAGAGUUUCGUCUAGUUUUCACCACCUGGGCAGGAGGUAGCGGGACUUGGAACUGGACUUGGACUGGGACUGGGACUGGGACCCACCCACAGAGCGUCUCCUCCGGGCACGUUCUUUGGACAGAAGCAGGAAGCUCAGACGUGCGUCAAG